AUGGGCAGCUGCCCGUCCGACCUGCGCCCAUUGUCCUGCCCUUCCUCCCCGCGCCCCUCGCCCCCCGCCGCCGCCCCGGGGCCGGGGGGGAAAACAGGAAGCGCUCCCCAGCACGGUGCUGCGGAAAUGAGACAAGCGGGCUGGAGCGGCGGCGAGGACGGCGGGAGGAAGCGGACGGGAUAUUUGGAACCGACGGCGAAUUCUUGGGCUUAUCUCUGCGCCGCAGAGGCCCAGGAGUCCUUACAAAACAGCGCCCAGCUGGAGCGAGGCCCGCGGCCGGGGACGCGUCCUCGUCCCCAGCGCCACCGCUGGUGCCCGGCGGGGCGGCGGGAUGCUGGUGGCAGGGAGGGGACACGCAGCCAGGGUGGCUCCUACAUCUGCCGGGAUCGCUGCGGGGCUGAUCGGCAGAGCCAGCUCAGGACCCGGCUGCGAGGGGCUGGCGAGGAGGGGGCUGGCCCCCUGCCCGCCCCUGUGACAGCGGCACCGGGGUCACAGCUGGCCCGGAGCUCCCAAAGCAUUCCCGGUGAUCGCUGCCGGCAGAAGGAGGCCCGGCACAGGGGCAGGAUCCGGCUGCCACCGCCCGGUGUCCCCUCCUGGCCGGGAGGGAGCCCUCGUCUGACGCAGGAGGUCAGGCAGGACGAUCGUAACAACCCUGCCGGGCUCCAGCACCCGGGAUUCAGAUCCAUGGACUUAUAUGGCCUGCAGAACGCGGCCCUCGCCAGAUGCUUCCUCCAUCCCUCGUCCUUCGAUGCCAAGAGAAAACUUGGUGUGCCUGAGAAUGUUACUGGAGGGAUUGGACCUUCUCCCCACAGGGGCCGUGGCAUCCCAGCGGUGCACCCUGCACUGAUGGCUGUGCCACCCUCCACCUAUCCCCGUCGCCUCCUGCCCCUCUUCCUGGGGCUGUUCCAGGGCGCCCUGCUCCUCUUCUUCGCCCUCUUCGUCACCUAUGAUGAGCCCUCGGCGCAGGCGGAGGAUACCAGCUUGGUGGCCAACCAGGUCUACAGCACCUUCCCCUUCUUCCAGGACAUCCAGGUGAUGCUGGUGGUGGGGCUGGGACUCCUGCUGACCUUCCUGCCCCGCUAUGGGUUCAGUGCCCUCACCCACAAUUUCCUCCUGCUCAACUUCUCCAUGCAGUGGGCGCUGGUGCUGCAGGGCCUGCUGCACCACUUCCACCACGGCCAGAUCCACCUGGACCUGCACAAACUCCUCCUGUCUGUGUUCGCUGCUGUGACAGUGCUCAUCUCCGUGGGGGCCAUCCUGGGGAGGGCCAGCCCCUGCCAGCUGCUUGUCAUGGCCACCUGUGAGAUCCCCCUGUACCUGGCCUGUGAGUGGGUCAUUGUCACCUGCCUGGGCGUUCAGGAUGUGGGUGGCACCAUCACCAUCCACGUCUUCUCCUGCUAUUUCGGCCUUGGCGUGUCCAAGGCUCUGUUCAGGGCAACACAGCAGUCACUGCACCCCAAGGAGACCCCAACAACCAGCUCUGACCUCAUGUCCCUGGUGGGAACGCUCAUCCUCUGGGUUUUCUGGCCCAGCUUCGUGGCUGUCCUCUGCCAGCCAGGCGAUGCCCAGCACCGUGCCAUCCUAAACACCCUCCUGGCCAUGAGUGCCAGUGCCAUAACCACCGUGGUGGCCUCCAGCCUGCUGGACAGGGACGGCAAGCUCAGCCCCGGCCACCUGCAGAACGGCAGCCUGGCGGGCGGGGUGGCCAUCGGCGUGCUGGCCGACAUGGCCGCGCCCCCCGCGGCCGCCCUGGCCCUGGGCAGCCUCUCGGCCGUGCUGUGCGUCCUCGGCUUCAGGUUCCUCACCCCGCUCCUGGCGAGGAAACUCACGCUCCACGACCAGUGCGGCAUCCACAACCUGCACGGCUUGCCCGGCAUCCUCGGCGCCGCAGCCAGCGUCGUGGCCGUGCUGCUGUCCCCCGCUGGGGGCAAUGCCAGCGAGGCGGUGCUGGAGGGGCAGUGGCGGUCCCGGGGGGCGGGCGGGCAGGCGCUGUGCCAGGCGGCAGGGCUGGCGGUGGCCGUGGCUGCCUCGCUGCUGGCCGGGCUGCUCGCCGGGAGCGCCCUCCGGCUGCCCUGCCUGGCCCGGCCGCCCCAGCGCCUCUGCUUCGAGGAUUCGCUGUAUUUUAAGAUCCACGAUCAGGCUGAGAGCCCGGGGCCAGACUGCAGCGCUGAGGAAGGAGCCCUGGCUCUGAAGGAGCAGGUUUAG